UAUUAAAGUGUUAUACCUACAUGCGGUCGCUUGACCAACGAUUCAGUUUUUCCCACUUUAUCGGGGAAUAACAACAUUUACAUUUAACUGGCGGCCCCAAUGUUUCACUUUUAUAUAUAGAAAUGUAUAGUUAUCGUGGAAGGAUGUGUUACCAACGGAUAUAGGUACCCUUAAUCAUUACUAUCAUCACGAAAUUACCAUAUUGUAUAUUUUUUUGGAGUUAAUCACAUGUCGGUUUAGUAACUGCUGUGAGUUUAAAAUGUUUGUUAAUAUUGUUUCUCGCACAAUUCUCGUGGUGUUUUCAUUAGCCCUCGUACCUUCUCAAGUUUAUACACAAAAACGAAAUGUUCAUCAAUUCUCUAAUGACAAACAUAGUAAAUUGGACAAAGCAACGACAACCACUACUGUGUCAUAUUUUAUGGACAGUCCAAGUUCUGGUGAUGAAAAUGUUGAUAAACUAGAGGAAAAUUCUACUGAUAUUAAACGUAAUGACUUUUACAAAGUGACGACAACUACUACUCUGUCAUAUUUCGUGGAUAGUCAAAGUUCUUCUCCAGAAUCUGUUGAUGACCAAGCCAAAAUGCAAGAGAAAAAUGUUACUAGGAAGAAUCACAAUGACGAGACGACACUAACAACUGCGUCAUAUUUUGUGGAUAGUCAAAGCUCUAGUAGAGAAAAUGUUGAUACACUAGAGGAUAAUUCUACUGAUAAUAAACAUUAUAACUUUUACAAAGUAACAACUACUACUACUGUGUCAUAUUUUGAAGACAGUCAAAGUUCUACUGAAGAAAUCGUUGAUGAUAAUGUACGAUUACAAAAUUCUACUGAGAAUAAGCAUGCCUUUGGAAACGUAACAUCUGUUGCUUUUGUGCCAACAGUUACUAUUGUCGCAGAAGCAGAGAAUAUUGCUAAUGACAAUAAAACAAAUAUCACAAUGAAAGAUACAUGGAUAAAACGACGUGGAUUGUUUAUCUUGAUUCCUGCUGUGUUAGUGGUAACUGCGGGAAUGAUAGCAUUACUCAUUUUGAGACGCGUCAAUAUUGUGACUUGUUUCAACAAGAAAGGGAGCUACGACGUCCAAGGUCAUUUCCUUCGUUUGAACACAAAAUUUCAUUAUGAUUCAUUUGAAGAUAUUCAGUUCAUACCGCAUUAGUGAGUUAGCUGUCGCAGUAUUGACGUAUCAAUUUAUUUAGUCAGUAAUUAAAUUAACUUUUAUUUAUUUACCUACAAUAAUAUUUAAAUAUGUAAAUACAUUAUUUAAUAAAAUCAUAGUUUAAAAUACUAAAUAUACGCUUUUAAUUAUACGUAGAUCCGAAUCUCAAAUGUUUACUAAUAGGUAGAUCACAGUUACUUCAACUAUCUUCUAGUUUCAUGGUUUCGAUAGUAAAUACCAUAAUAUUGCAUUGUCAUUUAAAGCUUCGAAAGCUUCUAGACCAGCUUGUUGAUUUGGGUCUUGAAAUAAAUGUGGAUGUUCAAGGAAGAUGGAAAAAUUUGCAACAUAAAAAUAAAAAAAUACCGACAAUAUAGUAAAUUUUGGACUCGAAACACCUAAACCUUGUACCUAUAACUGUGGCUAUAAAAUAAAAAGCCUCAUUGUUUUAAAAGUGUGA